CAGUACAGCAGCACGGAUGCAAAAGAUUUCAGCCAAUAAUGCAUGCAGCUCUUCUUUUUCUUCAACUGUCACUGAUGUAGCUCUCUUCCACUUCUCAUCCAGUUUACAAAUAAAUCACCCAAACCAAAAAAAAAAAGUGAAAAUCAAGAUCCCAGUGAAAUCCCAAUUAAGCCAAGUAGCAGAAAGUCUGCCAUGGAAGAGAUGGUGCAGAUGAAGAAGAAGAAGAAGAAGAACCCAUUACAGCUAAGAUUUUUCUUUUUCUUUCUCAUGGUUCAUCACUCAGAGCAAAUCCUUCCACCUGCGCAGUAUAUGGCUGUUCAGAAGAUAAAGCAGCAGAUGAGUUUACCAGAAGAGCUUAGCAGCUGGAGUGAUAGCUCAGAUUUCUGCAACACUAACCCAAUCCCAAUCUUAACCCUAGUUUGCUAUGAGGACAACAUAACCCAGCUUCAUCUCAAUGGGAACUUCACCUUCUUCGCCAAAUCUCCCAGAGAUAUUUCCAGUUCUGCCCUUUUCUCCAAUCUUGAUGCCCUCCCUAACUUGAAGGUCCUCACUUUAGUUUCUUUGGGCCUCAGAGGCCCUUUGCCCUCAAGUAUUGGGCUUCUGUCUUCUCUGGAAAUCAUGAAUUUAAGCUCAAAUUUCUUCAGUGGGUCCCUUCCAAUGGAGAUGGCUUCUUUGAAGGGCCUCCAGACACUUGUGUUGGACAACAACAUGUUCACAGGUCAGAUUCCUGACUGGCUAGCUUCACUCCCUUCUUUGACUGUUCUGAGUCUAAAGAACAAUUCUUUUUCUGGUUUCUUGCCAAGAUCAUUGUCUGGGUUGAAACCAUUAAGAACUCUUGUUCUUUCUGCAAACAAUCUCUCUGGGAAUUUGCCAAAUUUUCGCAAUUUGACAAAUCUCCAAAUUCUUGAUUUGGAAGGGAAUGGUUUCGGCCCGAAUUUCCCCAUUCUGCCCAUAAAGUUAGUGUCUUUGGUGCUGAAGAACAACAGGUUUGGCCUUGGGAUACCAGAUGAAGUGAAGUCAUGUUAUAUGUUAACAAAGAUUGAUGUUUCUUCCAACGAGUUUGUGGGACCCUUUCCACCAUUCUUGCUGUCAAUGCCAUCCAUUGAAUAUCUUGACAUUUCUGGGAACAAACUCACUGGCAAGCUCUCCAAGAACAUGUCAUGUGGCAGCUCACAGCUCUCUUAUGUGGCAUUGUCAUCCAACCGCCUGACCGGGGAACUGCCCGAUUGUUUGGGACACGGAAGGAAGACCGUUUUGUGUUCCGGUAACUGCUUGUCAAAUGUGAAACAAUGGCAGCACCGAUAUGCGUUCUGUCACAAUGAAGCAUUUGCUGUUAGGAUUGUUCCUACAAAACAUAAGGAGAAAAAGGGAUAUGCAGCAAUAGUGGGAGGGGUUGUUGGAGGGAUAGGCCUUCUGGCUCUGGCCAUCUUUGUAAAGAUGAGAUUUCCUGAGAAGAAAGCUAACAAGAAACCGCAUGUUCGACAGAUAAUGGAAACUGUCUCGGCGGCGGACACUCUAAAGCUGCUAAAUGAUGCAAGGUAUAUUUCUGAAACCCGGAAGUUGGGACCACUUGGCAUCCCCCCAUAUCGGGCAUUUACUAUGGAUGAGCUUAGGGAGGCUACGGAUAAUUUUGGCGCCCCGAACGUAAUAGGAGAAGGCCAUUGUCAGGUAUACAAAGGCAUGCUCACUGAUGGGACAACAGUUGCCAUAAGAGCAUUGAGGGUGAGGAAGAAGAAGCAUUGCAUCCAGCACUACACUCACCAGCUCGAACUGCUCUCGAAAAUCAGGCAUUGCCACUUGGUCAGUGCAAUUGGCCAUUGCUUGGAGUGCGAUCACGAUGAUUCUAGCAUUUCCGGGAUUUUCCUCGUAUUUGAGUUCGUGCCCAAUGGGACGCUGAGAGAGGUCCUAUCAGAUGGAAAUAUUGGGCAGAAGAAGUUUUCAUGGUCACAGAGGAUGACAGCGGCAUUAGGGAUCGCAAGAGGAAUCCAGUUUCUACACACCGGAAUAGUCGGAGGCAUCUUCUCAAACCAACUGAAGAUUACAGAUAUAUUACUUGAUCAUAACAUCAAUGUGAAGAUCAGCAAGUACAAUCUGCCUUUGUUGGCUGAGAACAAGUGUGAGGAUUCUUUAGGCGCAUCAUCUCGCGGAGGGAAGGAGAAUGGUAUUGCAGAGAGGUUGGAAUCUGAGGAUGACAAUGAUGUCUAUUGCUUUGGAGUAAUCUUACUUGAACUCAUAAUGGGGAGGAAAAUCACAACCCCAAAUGACAUUGAGGUUUGCAAAGACUUGCUAUAUGUAAGCCUAGCUGCAGAUGAGCUAGCACGACGAAACAUCAUCGACCCUUCGGUGAGCAAGGAAUGCUCGGACCACUCGCUCAAAACCAUGAUAGAGCUUUGCACAAGAUGUGUGUCGAAGGACAUGUCUUCUCGUCCAUCGGUUGAGGACCUCAUCUGGAAUGUGCAGUUUGCCUCCCAAGUUCAAGAGUCGUGGGGCCCAGACUCUCAGAGCACGCAAAGCUCUCCUCGAGGCUCUCAUGUCGUGAGAGCGCAAAAUGUAUGUGAUUCUUUAGAAUAAAGAUGGGAGCUUUGUAUUGCAUGUUUUGUUUGUUACGUGUAUGAAGAAGAAGAACGUUUGUUUUAAAGACUCAAUAGCAAUAGUCAUUAUGCAAUGGUCAAUUGAUCUUCUAACCUAUUUCUAUUAGACCUUUGAACCAUCGCGGCAUUUAUUGCCUAACCCUUCAUUGGGAAUAAGAAGCUAACAACAUA